GAAGAUAACUCUCGUUAGAUUUUAGAAAAAAAACUAAACAUUUUCAAGCUUAAUUAAAUAUUCAUUGUGACAUGUCUAUUCGUUUAUUCGAAGCAGCUAAACAUGCAGAACUGUAUGCAAAAUUUAGGCCUAAAUACGGCCAAGAUGUGUUUGACGCCAUUUUGAAUUUUUGUAAGAAAGGUAAAUGUGAUUUUGAACAAGCUGUCGAUGUUGGGUGUGGGUCGGGUCAAAGUACAGUCCCUCUUUCAAAGGUUUUUAAAAGAGUCAUUGGCUCUGACAUCAGUGCUAAACAAAUUGAGAAUGCUCCUAGAGAGAUUAAAAAUCUUGAAUACCAUGUUGGACCUGCAGAAGAUUUGUCUUUCUUGUCAAACAGUUCGACUGAUUUAGUUACGAUAGCCCAAGCUAUACAUUGGGUUGAUACAGAAAGGUUUUAUUCUGAAGUGACUCGUGUGUUAAAACCUGGUGGCGGAUUGGUUGUCUAUGGUUACGGGUUAAAUGUCCUGGACAAUAAAACAGCAAAUAAUGAAAUCCAUCAGUUUUACAGUGAAACAAUUGGUGAAAAAUAUUGGGAUGAGAAGAGAAAAUUUGUAGAACAACAUUACAGUUCAUUUUCUUUACCAUUUCCUGGCUGGUACAGAAAAGAUGAUUUAAAGAUUAGAGUAGAAUGGACUGUAGAGGAAUAUUUAGGUUAUGUAUCUUCCUGGUCAGGUUUUACUAAAUACUUAAAACAUAACCCAGACUCAGACGAACUUCAAAAAUUAAUACUCAGGUUUAAAGAAUUGUACACUGUAGAUGGUACAGAGAGAAAAAUGAAAAUUGAGUUUCCAGUUUUUAUGUUGAUGGGCUAUAAGCCUCAGUAAUUCGAAGGGUGGGGCAUCAACAAAAACUAUAUCAAGGCUGAGGUAUUACCCAGACAAGCCUGUCUUGCUAAUCGAAUAGAAAUUAGUUAACAGCCCUUGGGCCAGUUUCAUGAAAACUAAAGAAAGAUUUUGAUGUUUCAGUCAAUUGAUUGUUUUAGAAUGUAGUUUUGUUAUCUGUUAUCUUUUAAAAGUGGUAGUUUUUAUGAAACUGGCCCAAUAAUUUAGAAAUAAAAACUGAAAUAAUACGGUACCUGUAUUUAAAUCAGAAUGAACUAACGAAUAGAGUUUUUCGUCCUACACUUCUGCACCUAAUUGGGCUGAAUAGUGAAAGAUUAGAAUAAUGUUAAUGAAUCAACAUGUCUACCUCAUGAUUUUAUUUUAAUUAACCAAUCAAUUUACAUCUCAUUGAUGAUAUUUAUUUUGUAUCAUUUAGUUGUUUUAUGUUGUUAAAUAAAUUAUACUGCAAGUUAAAUGUAGU